UAUUCUGCUAAACCCUAGAAUUCAUUCUGGGAAUUUUCAGCUAUGGCGAGCAAAUGGCUACAGCGAACGGUGGUGCUCCCCCCUCACAAGCGCGGCUGCCAUCUCGUCACGUCCCAGAUUCUUCGCGACAUCGAGGCGGACCUUUCGUCAAUCAAGUGUGGCUUUGCACAUUUCUUUUUGCAACACACGAGCGCGUCUCUGACGGUGAACGAGAAUUACGAUAGCGAUGUCCAGGAAGAUGUAGAAACGUUUCUAAACAAGACUGUGCCCGAGGGUCGUGCCGCUCCAUGGAAGCACACAAUGGAAGGCCCGGAUGACAUGCCCGCACACAUCAAGUCGUCAAUGUUUGGCUGCUCGGUCACGAUCCCGAUCACCGAUGGGCGAUUAAACUUGGGAACUUGGCAGGGAAUCUGGCUGUGCGAGCAUCGUGAUCGUGGCGGAGCAAGGAAGGUGGUUGUCACCAUGAAUGGAGCUUGAAUCACAUUGGUAAAUAUAAAACGUUCCUUUCGCUUUUUC